AUGAUAGUAACAAUCGAUAACAAACAUCCUCCACCAUACAUCUACCUCGACAUGGGAUACCUAAUCAACACCCCUCCCAAAACCAACAUCGUCGAACCAGAAGUUUACGACUGCGAUAGCGAGGAGUUCGUCCGUUCCGGUGCAAAAGUAUGUCCGAUACAAUCUGGUCAAGAAUUAGAAAUCUACGAUGGAAAAUGUUAUGCUUUACAUGAGAAAUGCUGGGAUGUGUUUAAAACUGUUGCGAUGAGGGUUUUUGGAAUACAGAGGGAUGGUGUUGAGAUUAAUGAACGGUAUUUGGAGAUUUUAGUGGGGGUGUUGGAUGGUGGGAAGGUUUUGGAUGAAGGAGGAGGGGGGUAUAGACUUGGAUUUGCGCAUGGGUUUGGGGAUGAUGUUGAGAUUGAAAGGUAUUGGAGACGGUUGAAGGUUUAUGGAGAUGGUGAGGCUGCUGGGGGUAUGAGGUCUUUGGAGGUUCAUAAGAAGUUUGAACAGAGACCGUUUGGGGGGUUUGUUAAUGUUGGGAAACCGGAAUUGGUUGUGGGGGGUGGUGGUGUUGAUACUGAUAGUACUAAUAAAGGUUUGGAGAAUAAAAUCGAUGCUGUUGGGGCUUUAAAAGGAGAACUUGGAAGGAAUGGGAUGGAUUAUGUUGGUGAGGCGGUUAGGGAGGAUGGGUAUUAUGUACCCGCGAUCGAUGGGUUACCUGUUGAGAUUUUGUGGAGGGUUUUGGAGUUUUUAGGGGGUGAUGGGGUUAUUAAAUUUGGAAUGGUGGAAGGGGGAGGGGAAGGAGGGAAAAUAAAAAGAAGGGUUAGAGUUCCAGAGGGGGUUUGGAAGAGGGAGUUUAGAGUUAGAGGGGAGGUUGGAUGGGCUGAUGAGGAAGGGUAUUGGGCUGGUAGGGAGGAUAUGUCGUGGUUUGAAAGGUUUUUGAAUGUUAGGUUGAGGAUUGGGAUGGAUGAGAAAGGGGUCGGGUCUUUGGUGAAUUUGAAGAGGGUUUUUAGGGUUUGUGAGGGGGUUUUGGAUGUUAUUGUUGAUGUUGAUAAGGGGAGGGUUGAGGGGGAAGAGGGAGAGGAUCUUUUGGAUAAACGGGGGUUUAAGGUUGUGGUUCUUCCGAAGGGGAGGGGUGAGGUGGAUAAGUAUUUGAAACUUGAGGGGUUGAAGGCUAAGGGGGUUAUGGUGUCUUAUACUGGGUCUGGAAAGAUGAGGUUUGUGAGUGGGAUGAGGUUUUUGCCGGGAGGAGAGGGGAUUGGGAUUGUUAAUUUGGAGGAUGAGGUUUAUUGUGAAUUGUUUAGUAAGGUUCCUGGGGGGGUUAUGGUGCUUAAGGUUUGUUUUGGGGAAUUUGGGAUUAAGAGUAUUACGACUGUGGUUGUGGAUGGUGGUGAAGGGGAUUUGGAGGUUGGUACUGGUGAGAAGGGUGUUAGUGAGGUGAAGUUCAUUGCGGGGCCGGACGGGGUGGAUAUUGGUGGAGUGAGUGUUUCUAUUGAUACUUACAAGAUCACAGCUUUUGGAAUCGACUGUGAUGCUUUUAUUCUGUGA